AUGCAGAGCAAUUCGAGUGGUAAUGCCUUCUGGGAAGGAAAUGGUUUAUAUGAGCAAAUGGUGCCUCCCUUGGACACCAAUCGCAGCUUGUACCUAUCCAGCGGUAAUGCUGAAGUGCUAUUAGUGGCUGGUGAACAAGAAUCCCUUACAGAGUCAAACACUAGUGGAGUAAUUUACCGAACAACUUCAUACUCAUCCUAUCUAACAACGACAGCAGUGUUAAGCAGCAAUUCCAGCGAAUCGUUGUACCAUCAAACCACAUUCCAACCGGAGAUUUCGCAAAGUGUUCCCAACUACGACAUCGAUCAGCAUACUUUUAUUUAUUAUGCAGAACUGCUAAGUGUCAUAAAUUUCUACUACAUUCCGGCGCUGGUACUAUUCGGGAGCAUAGGCAACGUUUUAUCGGUGCUGGUGUUCUUCAAGACAAAGCUCAAAAAGUUGUCCUCUUCAUAUUACCUGGCUGCUCUCGGGCUCAGUGAUACGUGCUACCUGUUCGGUCUGUUUGUGCCGUGGCUCAAUCUAAUUGACAUCAAAAUCUAUACGUUGGACGUGUGCUGUCAGUUUUUUACGUUCUUCAGCAAUCUGUGCAGCUUCCUGUCGGUGUGGUUUGUGGUGGCAUUUACGGUCGAACGCUUCAUUGCGGUGCUGUAUCCGUUGAAGCGACAGACAAUGUGCACCGUGCGGCGUGCCAAGAUGGUGAUAAGCGCACUGACGCUGAUUGGAGUGUUUAUCAGUCUGCCAGUGAUUUUUUUCGCCUCCCCACAGUACUCGCCCGCCAUGAACGAAACUAUCUGUGAUAUGCCCGAGGAAUAUAAAGAUCAGAUGACAGUGUUCAACUAUCUGGAUACGAUUCUUGUGUUCGUGGUUCCAUUUACCGCGAUUGUGGUGCUGAACACUUUCACCGCCCUCACUGUGUGGAAGUUUGCCGGCGUGCGGCGUACAAUGACAAUGCCCAGAAGCUACGGCAACAACAUUCGCGAAUCUCGGCGCCACCAUCAUCAGCUCAACUCCUCCUACAGCAGUCAGUUGUGUAUGAAUGGCAGCAAUCCCGUUCAGCAAGUACAUCACUACAGUAGAGGACGCGUGGCAAACUCACAAAUUAAGGUCACCAAGAUGCUGCUCAUCGUGUCCACGGUGUUCGUUUGCCUCAACCUGCCCAGCUACGCGGUUAGAGUGAAAAUAUUUCUGGGGACGGAGCAAGCCCACUUCAUGGUGCUGGUGCAAAACUGCUGUCACCUGUUCUUCAUGACCAAUUUCGGCAUCAACUUUAUUUUGUAUUGCGUGAGCGGUCAAAAUUUCAGGAAAGCCGUUUUCGGAAUGUUUCGCAAGCGUAGCACGAGGCAAAUAAAUCAAGAGCAAGCAUCCGGUACGCAAAUCACAGAAUUCGUCCUGCGUACCGGAUCUAAAAUGCGACGAAACCCGGCAGCCGCCACCGGCGCCGCCACCACCGCCACCAGCAAUGACCCGAACGGUUCCUGGAGGGAACUGACCGAAUAUCAAAUCACAAAUUUCGUCAAAUAA